CAAAUUUUGAGUUUUCAUUUAUCGGGAAUGAUCGCCGACCAUCGCAAAAAUCUGGGACGCGUCGGGAAAAUAGAAACGCUCCCGAUUUUCCAGAUUUGUCCCCGUCCAUCCCAGACGAUCGGGGAUAUCUACGAUUUCGAGUUUUCAUUAGUCGGCAAAAUCUGGGACAGUCGGGAAACAGCAAAAUCCCCGAUCGUCUGGGAUUUUCCCGACAUAUGAAAACCAGGCUUAAACAUGAGUCUCCUCAGAAUUCGUACUCGCCAUGUCAGAUUUAUACAACCUCGCAUGCGCUACAUUCAAAGUUCUGCUCUUGUGUUUCGGGUGAUUCAAAGCCCAAGCGUCGAAAAUGUUUCCUUUUGUGGUGAGAAAGAAUCAUUCCAACUUCCAUUCAACAAUGGCACGAGGAUUUUUGCGUCGAAACGCACAUCGGAAAUACUCCGUUCUCUUUUCGUUUUAAAACUUUGCUCUUACGAUGUCGUGGCGAAACACAGUAUGUUGGUACGUACAAGCUAAAUUAAUGCAGUAUAACAUGUAAGCAAACAGGGGUGAGGAACGAGGAAUAGCCUAAAACUGAAACUAACAGUAAAAUGGGUAAAAGUGGAAUUUAAAAUCAAACUUUCUGCUGCUAUUUUUCGGCAUGAGAUUGGAGGGGAGUUUUUAAUCAUGUAGGAGCUACUCGGGAGGUGUUUGGGUGGAUAUGUGCUGCCGCAGCAUUAAAGGAAGGCCUUGAGAAUGUUCUUAAAAAUUAGGUACUCCAUUUGAGAUAAAGUAUAUUUAAGAUGUAGUUAUUUCACUUUUGGUAAUCGCCUGAAAAAUAUUAAUAUGUCGGUUGUGGCAUAUUAAGUGGAGACUUUGUUUAGAGCCAGUAACACUUGACAGUUUCAAUAUAGCCUGCGUAGCAGGCGCUUGGAGGUAGUGUACGAAAGAGAGAACGGGCGCGCGCAAGGGAGACAUCUCUGAGAGACAGGCCCAUUUUUUCUUGUGCCCAGUACUUCCAAGCGCCUGUUUCGCGGGCUAGUUUCAAUAAGAACAGAUAAACUUGUAGCCCUCUGAUAAACCUGUGGCUGAAGGCAUCUUUGCUUGAGAGUUUGAAAACUUUUUUUACAAAACAAAUCCAAAGAAUCUUAGAUUCUCCAAAAAGACCUGCCCACCCUCAGUUUUGGCAGCCCCUAACAGGGGCAGAUCUAGGGGGAGGGUGCAGGGGGUGUGCAGCCCCCCCCCCCCCCCCCCCCGAGAUGACCUGCAGUUUUCUAAUACAACUGGUAUUCUGCAAAAAAAAAAAACUAUCUGGUUUACUGGUGUUGAAGUAGAGCAAGAGACGAGUGCACCCCCUCCUGAAAAAAAUCCUGGAUCCGCCCCUGCCCAAGAUAAAAUUGUAAUUCUAAAGAAGAAGUUAUAGAAGCAGUUAAAGAAGUGUAAAUGGCACAUUUAUAUAGUAUUAUUCAAGGAAUUUUUUGCAUUUUUCAUAGCUUAUGUCUUUUGGGCAAAGGAUCCUUGGAAAGACACUGUUUGAACAUUUAUUGUGCAAAACUAUGUACAGUCAGUUUGUUGCCGGAGAGAACCUGCCAGCUAUCCAGGAUACAAUUGAAAUGCUGCGUAAAUGUGGAAUAGGAACUAUGCUGUGUGUACCUAAUGAAGAGGAUCUUUCAUCAGACUACAAUGACUUCAGUAGCAGGUCAGUCCUUUUGAAUUUCCACAAUUGACUCUUUCACUCUAACUGUGGCCAAAGUAAAAAGUUAAAAAAAAAAAUCAAUUUCAAUCUGUAAAAUGCUGGAAAGCAGAUAGUACCACCCUUCACUUUUUCUCAGAGCACGGCUUUGCAUGCGAGAGUAGUACUGCCAAAGACGUUUCAUUUGAAUGGUGAUUCCGCAGGAUUUUGUUUGUUGUCUCAAAAGUGAAAACCACCUCAAUACAGUGGCGGAUCCAGGGGAGGAGUCCGGGCCUCCCCUUAUUCUUAGAACAAACUGAGGCCCGAAGGGCUGAAAAAAAUUUUUUGAGACCAGACCCCCCCCCCACCCCUUAUCUCAGGGUCUAGAUGGCUGGACCCCCCUUAUCUGAAGGUCUGGAUCAGCCACUGUAAUAAACUCAACCUUUCACUCAGGGUAUGAAAAGGACUCUUCUCAAGUGGACUUUAGAUAAAAUGGGGUUGCGACUGAGUAUGGUUAAUCCCAGACUUCUACCCGGUCACUUGACAAUCAGGACUGGUUAAUGUGUCAACACAAAUAGGGGGACCCAUCAGUAAAUGUUUUUUGCAUAAAUUAUAUUUUAAGUAUGUAUUGAUUUUGUUCACAAAUAUUAUCAAUAUUUUUACUUGUUCAAACAGGGAAGAAAUGUUUGAUAGAAAUGCAAAGGCUAUUCUUGACUGCAUUGAGAAAACAGGUAUGUUGUGGCAUUAAUUUUAGCUAAUUUCAUCACAUGUGUAAUACAGUAGAACCCCUGGCCAGUAACUCUAACUCUGAAGGGAAACAAAAAACAGUUUGAGUUAGCAGGGAAUUCAAGUUAUCGGGGUAAAUUUCAGUGAAAUUUUGAUCAAGGGAAAGGAAAUUUAGUGCGAGUUAGUUGUCCGUGUUCAAGUUUCUACUGUUAGAAGUAGUAUAUUCUGUUAACUUUUUUAGCGAUGGUAGUUCUUUCCAACUCCAAUCCUUCCUACUUAUUUGUUGGUUUUUCCUUUGCUCCUGUUACUAUUGAAGUUAUCUCUUUUCCCUCAUAUGUUUUGCAAAUCUUCUUUAUUUCCUUGUAAAAUGUCUAAUUAAUAUAUAAUAUACAGUUCAAAUUGAACUCUGGAUCUGGAGGUCUGGGGUUCAAGCUUCACCCAUCACAUUGUUUCCUUAGACAAGGAAUUUUACUCCACCUUGUCUUUCUUCAGCCAAGUGUAUAAAUCGGUAAUGGUAACAUACUGCUGGAAGGGGGGGGGGGGGUAACCCUGCAAUGGACUGGCAUCCCAUCCAAGGGGGAGUAACAAUACUCCUCGGCAUGCUUCAUGCUACAGAAACUGGUAUCAGCUCUGGCCGUGUGGGCCUUUGGCCCAUGUGCCCCUUUACCUUACCUUAUAAAUUAUACAUAACGCAUAUUAUAUCAGUAUAUGUAGCUCAGAGGCAAAAUGCUGUUUUGGGGUACAAGGUAUCAGUGUGUAGUAUCCCUACACUGUCUGCCUUGAAUAGAUUUUGCUGAAUUUAGGUAGUAUGCAUAUAUGAUGUAAUUCUUUUGUAUUAUAUAUUUCUUUGAAAAUGCUUGCUUGCUUUAAUCUCCAACAUACAAAACUCACUUUUCAAAACUCAAGUUCCUAUUAAAAAAAUACCCAAGAACACUAGGUACAUUGCAUCCAUUUUCAUUGUCAGUGGUAGAACGUAAUUCUCAGAACUAAGAGUCACGUACUAGUUACUGACGAUAAUGUACAGAUAUAAUUUUUUUUUCUUGUUGCAGAAGAAGGAGGGUUUUCUCAGAUGAAAGUAACUGCCAUAUGCAGCCCUUUACUACUCGUAAGUUCCUUGCUUUUGCCUAUAUUCAGAGAGACUGCAACAAUUUUUUGGGAGCCAAAAAGCAUGCCAUUAAUAAUAAACUAAUAACUCCUUCAACUCUUUCACUUUAUAUUUGUGUAGAAUGUUUUGAAUAAACACUUGGGACCUUAUGAGACGAGUGUAGACAUACCAGCAGGACUUGAUAUUCAGAACCUGGCAGGAGGUUUUGAUCACAAAAUAAAGGUACAUAACCCAAAAUACCCUUAUAGAGAGCAUUGCAUUGUAAUAGUGUUGACAACAACAUGUGUAGCAAGAAUUAACUUGCUAGAGAAAAACCAUCACUUACAAGAAACAAGUAACUCAGUUGGCACUAUUAUUGUUUUUUAGUUUUUCAUGCGACUGCCAAGGUCAAAAAAUAAAAUAUUGAUAAAAGUUAAUUGAUACUAUCAUCAAGUGCUAUGACCAAUUGGCCCUGCAUUGAAAAAAAAAAGAUAGUAUUUAUUAAUAUCUUAAUUGACCUAGGAGCUGAAAGAAUAUGGUGUAGUUAGUUCUGGACAUGGUUUUUUUUAAAACAAUCUCAUUGUUCUUUCUUUUUUUUUUAUCAUUACACAGUUUCCUGUUUUGAAGGACAGUCAAAAUGCACAUCUUCAAAAUGUGCUUGCAAGAUUAGACACAUUUGCUAAGGUACAUACCGCACCAAACAGUAAAUUUAUUUUUUAUUUCCAAAACCUGCACUAAUGUAUUUUUGCCCAUAGAACCGGGGCACCAGAGCCUAUCCUUGUUUGCAGAGAGAAAUGCAAAGACUCACUUUCAUCCACCUUUUUAAGGGCGUGUUUACGUGAAGGUGGAGUACCCCAGAUAGGUGAGGUAACCCGCUUAGAUGGGGUAACCCGCCUGCUCAUAUAAUCUCUCAUUUUAAUGUGAUCACGUUUACAUGACAUGUGGGGUAACCCGCUACAUGUUACCUCACCUACCUGGGGUCCCCCACCUUCAUGUAAACAGGCCCUAAAAGAGGUACUCUCUAAUUUAAGGAUCAUAGUAAUAAUAUUAUUAUAUCACCAACUUGUUAGAAAAUUGGUUGUUGUAAGUAUAUAAUAAUAUAAUGGUGUUUGUAUUAAUAGUAUUCUUAAGAAAGAGGUUUCUCCAUUUUAAAAUAUUGAAGUUAAGGAUAGUAGGUCCACACUUAGGUGAUUUGAGACUUCAGACAUGCCCAAUUCUUCUGAUAAACACAACUCUUAGAACCUUGAAAUUCAAUGGAUCACUUCAAUAUCACACUGUUGCAGUUGUAUAUUGUUUAAGGGUUUGGUUCCCUUUGUUACUAUUGUUUGUUCAUUAUUUUUUUCUUGGCAAAUCCUGUGUGGCCUUGUAAUAGAUGUACGGUGCCAGUCCUGACUCUCUAAUAUUAUUAUUAAGUCACUUCAAUGAAGAUUUAAAAGUCAUUAUCAUGUUAGUGGCACAUAAAAAAAUUAUAAUCAGCAGAGCAAGAGAGAAACCAACCGUUUAUAAUGAAACAAGAAUAUUAUUAUCCAUGAAAAUAUUAAUUUUAUUGUAGUCAAUGCAGUUAAUUAUUCAGAAUUAUUAUCAUUAUUAAUAUCAAAUAAUAUGUUUAUUUCAUUGGCUUUGAUCCAGAUGGCAUUAAGACAUACUGUCUUUUCUGUUUUUGUGACAAGGUUUGUAUAAAUCGGAAUGUGCGGUUGGUUAUUGAUGCAGAACAGACUUAUCUCCAGGCUGCAAUCAAUCAACUAGUGUUAGCCUUGCAGUACAAGUACAACAAGAGUCAACCUUGGGUUUACAAUACCUAUCAGUGCUAUAGAAAGGUAUAUCAGCUGAUACAGUCAGAACAGUAGUAUGCUGAUAAAUAAUACAAUGUACAAGACAUCUUGCAAACAAUAAAUAGAUGUGAUUCUUACAAGUUAAAGUAAUGGUAAUCAACUAAUAAUAUCAUCUCGUUUCAUGAAUUAUAACAGAUAAGUUUUUGCUGUCCAAAAUAACAGUGCAAACAAGAAUUUUGCAAACAUUUCUGAAAAAUUUGAGAAGAAACUGUCAUUGGUCAAUUACUGAAAAUUGGAGAUGGAGGUAUAGGCAGCACUCAUAAUAGCAUUAUUUUGUGCAUGCAGUAUGUCUGUUGAUUCCUAAAUAACAGUAAUGUUCCAUUACAGGAUACCCUCAACAGAGUAAAUGCAAAUCUUAAAUUAAUGGACAAACUUAGCUUCCACUUUGGUGCAAAGAUUGUGCGUGGGGCCUAUAUGACGCAAGAAAGACAGAGAGCUGCAGAAAUGAGUUAUGAAGACCCAAUUCAUGACAGUUAUGAAGAUACCAAUGCUAUGUAUGAUGAGGUGAUUUACACUGUCCUGCAGAGGGUCAGGGACACACCAGCUGAAGUUAUGGUGGCAACGCACAAUGAACAAUCAGUCAUUCUUGCUGUGGAGAGGUAACAUUUUUUCUUAUGUAGAGGUGGGGGACCCCAGGUAGUUGAGGUAACCCGCCUGUCCAUAUAAUCUCUCAUAUUAAUUUGAUCAUGUUUACAUGAUAAGUGGGUUGACCCACCACACGUUACCUCACCUUGUCUGGGGUUGCCAACCUCCAUGUAAACAGGCCCUAACAAAUCACUGCACUGGAUAAAUCUCCACUGAGUGGAUAAUGCACUUUAGUAAAAUCCAACUAGUGGUCUGUUAUCAAUGCUGUGUUCUGAUUGGUUGAGCUACUACUAGGCUAUAUGUUAUAGCCUACUAGUAGCGAAAAGCGUCCUUUUUUUGGCAGCAAAAAAGGAUUAAAGUCUAGCUUUAACUAGUUAAAUUUUUUUAUUCUCGAUAUUUUUGACCAACUAGUUGGAUUUUACUAAAACAAUUAUUCCUCUCGCCCUCAUGGCCUCUGAGUCAAUAGCCCAUUCGGCCUCAUGGGCUAUUGACUCAGAGCCCAUUCCGGCUCGAGGAAUAAUUGUUAAUUAGUGGUUUCCCUAACAUUUAACUGCUGGAUAGGGAUUUAAUACCCAGUGGAUAGAGCUAUCCAACAUUUGAACAACCAGGUCCUGGUGUUAAGGGCUGUCUUCUUAAAGUAAAAUUGUUUAAUAUUGUUUCCUUGUUAUGUAACAGAAUGAAAGAGCUUGAUAUCACCAGCAAAGACAAGGUUGCAUUUGGGCAGCUGUAUGGAAUGUGUGACCAGGUCUCUUAUUUGCUAGGUAGGAGUUAACAGUAGCUCUGUCACAUUUUAACAUCCAGGAUUGGGUGGGGGUGAGAAGUUAAGGAUGAGAUAAAUUCUCAAGAUGUGCAUGCAAGCUAUCCCUCCGUUUUUCUUCCACCCCACCCAGCCUCCAAGUAUAGAAAGCUUGCUUGCAUUCUACCAGGUAGGAGCAACCCUCAUUUUAUUUAUGCGAAGUAAGAGGUCUGAUGGGCAAGCUCUCGACACCAAGGGCUGAGCAAUGGUCUGAUUUUGAACAUUUGCAAAUUGGACCUAACUGUACAUGUUUAAUCGUUGAGAAUUUCAUAUUAAUACUAUUGUUAAAAAAAGUCAAUGUCUGAAUAAAAAAGCAAGGGCUUCAGGGCCUCUGAAUAUUCUAGUGUUCUUGUGAAUGUAAUUGGGAUAUAUCUAAUCUAUAAAAGUUAGUGACCUUUAGUGAUACUCUGGAAAUUCUGCACUAUUUCACCGAGUUUUUUUCUGCACCAUAGUGAAUAGUACAAUGGCAGAGGUAUACCAGUAUAUAGUUUUUAAUCCUUUUCACUUCUCCUUCAAAUAGAGGAAUCUUUUAACUCCUCUACACUGCACUUCAGCUUUUAAUAAGUAUAGAGGUUUUAUGUUCUUGUUGUUACAGAGUAUUCCAAGUUUUAUGUGUGGUUGUUUUAACUUUUGGUGUGUUUGUUUUUCUUCUAGGACAAAAAGGUUUCAGUGUUUACAAGUCUGUUCCCUAUGGCCCAGUUGGGGAGGCUCUUGCUUACCUUGCACGACGAGCCUCUGAGAACAGAGAUGUUAUCCAAAGAACAGAAAAAGAGAGGUCACUUUUGUGGUUGGAGUUAAGGAGAAGAAUGACUCUUAAACCACUGACUUAGUGCCAUAACUAGUAUUUUCAGUGAAAUACUAACUUGCAAGUCAGUUUGUUGACUAAAAUCUACUAGACCACAUAAUUUCACAUUCUUGGAAAUAAUGUGGUCGACACUUGAACAGGGGUAAUAUUUCACAUUGCAAUCUUUGUUACUGAUGUUCCUCUGUAACAGCCUCAAUUACAAAGCUAUAACACUAUGUGAAGAAGAGCAAAAAUGCAAGUGAAGCUAGAGUUAGAGCAGUGAAAGCUUGUACUAUGCAUCUCUUCAACUUAAGCCAUGAAGGAAUUUUAGAAAUAUUAUAAUUUCAUUAAAAAGUAGUAGCAUAAGUAUCUUAUUAUUGUCCAAAGUUCAAGCCAGGUGCUUGAUAUUGCUAAUAUAAUUAUUAACAAUCAACCCACGUUACCAAGACGACACGAGAGUUUGGGCAAAAUAAGUUUAUUGAACCAAGCGGAGAAAGCUGACCGAUAGCUUGACAAUAAACCAAGACGCAACUAGAUUAAAUUAAAUGAAACGAAGGGACAAUAUGGUAAUAAACUCAACAAGAAUACUGAGAUAUAAGGGGGGGAGAGGUGGGCAAGAGGUUACGCGUCGCCUCCGGAUCUAACAAAAGAUGACCGGUUAAGAAUGUGCGCUCGUUUAUAUAAGACAUUUGACACCUCCGUAACUAGUUAAUUAACGAUCAUUAAUAAAUGAUUACUCAAUCAACCCACGUUACCAAGACGACACGAGAGUUUGGGCAAAAUAAGUUUAUUGAACCAAGCGGAGAAAGCUGACCGAUAGCUUGAC